AUGGUACUGUUAUUUUUGUGCUGUUUUUUUUUUUUUUUUUUUUUGUGUGUGUGUGAUUGCGUCCCCUUAUCAGACUCUUUGUGGCUGGCGGUGUGUUCGAACGUUGUACGUCACCUGGAGAGACGUGUGUGUACGCGCAUGUGUGGGUUGAGCUCCGUUUUGUUCCUUUCCUUUUUUUUUUUCUCAACUGUUUGCGGGGCGCGGGUACACGUUCUUAUCACACGGGGCCACGAAAAGUGUUUACGCACACACAAGAUUCAUAUUCUUGUUUUUUCUUUAAUUAUGUCUGACGUGGCGAAGUGGGAGAAGCAGCUGGAGCGAUUGCUGGUGGACGGCAGCGACUCAUCCAAGAUACUGACGACGAUUGAGAAGAUUCUCUCGGUGAACCCCAAACAUGUGUUUGCCCUUCGUUGUAAAGUUGUCUGCUUUUUGCAUCAAGACAAGCACGCCGCCGCGCUCACGGUACUUGAUCAGAUUGCCGUCGUGGACCCUGCGCUGCCUCAGGUCUCGCAGGACUAUGCCUUUCAAAAGGCCUAUUGUCUGUACAGGGCGCUGGAGCACCGCCAGGCACAACAUGUCUUGAUGAACGAUGCCCCGCACACAGCGGAACACGUGCCAUCGCGGCAUCUCCUUGCGCAAUUGCAUUACCACCUCGAAGAGUAUGAGGCGGCCGCCGGCAUCUACGAGGCGCUACUGACGGAGGGAAAGUUCCGGGACGAGCAUGAAAAGACAGAGUUACAGACGAACUAUGCGGCCGCCUGUUCCGCCAUUGACGCGCAAAGGACCCAAUCCAUCGUGCGGUCGGCAGAUGAAAAGAACGCUGAUUUAUUGUAUAAUGCCGCGACGGCACAGCUGGAGGUGCAGGAGUACGCAGCCGCGCUUCAGACGUUACAGCAGGCAGAAUCUCUCUGUGCAAAAGCUUAUCCCACAAGUCGUCUGCGGUCUUUUCAAGAUGCCUGUUCAAGAAGCGACACGGAGCUUCGGUCGUUGCUUGACGUUAAGGGCUCGCCGGAACGUUUAUUUUUUAAUGACGUCGCCAUCAUUUGGGUCCAGACGGCAUAUGUGCACUACGCCAUGCAUAAUGAAGAGGAUGCCACCGCCCUUCUCAACUUGGUGCUGCGGUACCGGCCCUCGUCGGCCGUCACGCUUGCGGUGGCGUCAAUCAAUUGGACAGCCAUUCAACGUCAUCGCGAUUUCUUUGACACGCAUCGUAAACUGAAGUCGGCGCAGAAUCCGGCUGUGAACAACCGAUUAACAUCCCGACAGCGCCUGUUGGUGCGAUACAACACGGCGAUGCUUCUUUUGCAUACGGGAAACUUCAAUGCAUUCAAGCGGCAGGUGGAACUUAUUGCCAACGAGUACCCGGAUUCAGAUCUUACACACUCACUGAAGCUGGCGCUGGCAGUUCGCGAGAGCAAGAAGAAGCGGCAGCCUGACGAAAAAACCCUCACGGAGUACCUAAAGAACUACCAGCAAAGUGUCAGGGCGCAGAAAGAACAUGCACGGAACCCUUCUGUGGGAAAAUUGCUCCCACUUAUUGCCGCACAGAUUUUUCUCGAAAACGGGGAUCUUGAACAUGCCAUUGAGUCUCUUUCUUCUGCACCAGAAGAAAUCCGGAAAAAACCGUGUACUCUGAUGACGCUGGCGACGUGGAAAGUUCAACUUGGCGAUGUGAAGGGAGCAAAGCAGCUUCUCACAGAGUUUGCCGCAGCAGCAGCAAAGGGGGGGACCGUGGUGAAGCCGAUCCUUUUCUGGGCCGUGCAGUUUUUGACCGCAAGAGGACUUUACGCAGACGCAGCGGAUGUUAUCCGCGACAUGCAAAGUGCUCUGCCGGUGCUGCAAAACGACAAAGAAGCGAGGGCUCUGUUGGCGUUGUGUCUUUCGCAUUACGACAUGCAGGCGGCACGGACUUGCAUGGAAACGAUCCCUGAGGCUGGAUUUACUGGCACACAAACGGAAAAGAAAUUGCUCGCGUCAUCCAUUGCCGAAGCAACGUCACAGCAGCCAUCCCGGAAGCAUAUUGAGGCGCUUGGGUAUCAUCGCAUCUCAGCGGAUGGUCAUGACGGCAAUAACAAUGGCGCCAAGGUGAAGCGCUCUCGACGCCGUCCAAUGCGUCGUCCUCCAAAGAACGCCGACGCCCGCCUUGACCCGGAGCGUUGGAUCCCCAUGUCACAUCGCUCUUACAUCAAAGACUUGCCGGAGCGCAGAAAGCGGGAGCUUAAACGCCUGCGCGCGAUUGAACAAGAGCAGAAGCGCCAUGAGGCGGAAAAACGGAAGGCGGCAGCGCACUAG